CUUGGUAUCGAAUGUUUAUAUUCUUGGAAUUUCAAUUUUGUAAAGUGAAAGUUUCGAAAUUUUUGUUUCGUUUCGUGUGAAAACUGUCGGAAAGAUUUCUAAAUUUUAAGAAAGGGUGGCAACGCUAAAAAGCAUUUUGAACAAAGAAUAUCUUGCCCUUCUCUUGCAGGUACGGCAAUUUAAUAUAAAAGUAUUACAUCAGACAACAAUGAUACGAUUUUUUGUCAGAAUUUGAUGUGGUAUAUUACUAUAUUUUUACUGUGUAUUGACUUUUAGACAAGUUUGGGACGAGGUUGGGUCUUUUAUUAUAUUGUAGAUAGUAUUGGCAAUAGACCUUGCAUGUGCAGAUGAUCAAAUGAGCUGUGCUUCAAAGUCUGCACAAAAAAGAAAACUACAGACUUCUGGUGAGUAUCGAGUAGACAUGUGAAAUGACUGAUGAUAAACUAAAAAUUUUAAUAUACUGGAUAGCUCUGUCAGUGUUCUCCUGAGAGGUCCAGUAAAGCCGGUUUUCCAUUAGUGAAUUUUUUUCACGCAAAGCGACUUUUUCCUUUGUCGGUAUCACUUAUUAUGUCAACAAGAUGACAGACGUGGCAAAAUGGAUGCCGACAAAGGGAAAAGGUUGCUUCGCGCGAAAAAAUUUGCAAGUGGAAAACCGGCUUAAGGGGGUGUUGAUAUGGAGGCGAGCCAGUCGGCUAUCUGAGCCAGCCUGCUAUUUGAGCCAGCUCACUUUGCCGAGCUCAUUUCAUCCCGUGUUCACAUGAGACUAUUGAGGCAGGCUAGUGGCUCGCCAAAACAAACCACUGCUAUAAAUAGUAUAAUACCAAUAUAUUUUCUCACGAAUCUGAAAUACAGACUGUUUGUAACAAAUUGCUACGAGCUUGUUUUCAUCAACUUGUUAAAAACUUGUUACGAGCAGACGAUACAACUUGUGGUUCCGGUUUCAUAUCGUGAAAAAAUUAGGGUUGGUAGGUUGGAAGUAAAUUUUUUUUUGAAUAUUUUUUUCAUGGUUUUGGCGGUUUUCUGCUGGGCGAUUUGCAUUAGAGUCCCGACAUCAAUAUUAAUUAGAGAUGUGUAUUUCCUAUGGACGAAUUUAGGCAAUUUGGUUCAAUAAUUAGUGUGACAACAGACGCCAUUUUGGCACGCUGUAUGAGCAGCCCGCAACCACCUGGAGAAAAUAGGGUCGCACGGUCAAUCGCGUUGAAAAAAAAUAAUAGGGUCGGUCGGGAACCGGAACCACAGGCAUUUUUUUUUACACCUCAUCAACGUUGUUACCUUGACUGGAAAGUUUGGAAAUUGCAUGCACAGCUGAGAUUUUGCAAAUUUAAUAGUAAAUAUAUAGAAACCAUCAAAAUUUGCACCCACGCAAUACAAACUUUACACACUGGGUUGUUACUGUACAAGAUGAUACUGUUCAACUUCUUCCAGAUUUGUCAACAAGCAGUGUGAACAUAUAUGCUGUGAGAUUUUCACAUGUGUGAUGUAAGUGUCAACAUGUCAAGCUAUGUCAACAACCAGUGUGAACAUAUAUGCUGUGAGAUUUUCACAUGUGUGAUGUAAGUGUCAACAUGUCAAGCUAUUCCACUGUAAUAAAUGUGCAAUUGUAUUUUGCAGAAUGUGAGAAACCUGCAAAGAAAAAAAUGGCCUGGGAUUCAUUUACUUCAAUUAAAGAUUUUGGUUAUGAGUUCAAUGAAGGUAAUAUUGUCAUUAAUGACAGCCAUCAGAUAUCAGGAUCUGCAACAAGCUGUCUGGAUUGACAACUAUAAUUAAUUUGUAUAAAUCUUUAGAAGGUCGUCUUGUCGACAUUGAAAAUGGAGAUGGCUUCAAUUUUUAUGUCAGCGAUGAGCACUGGUACAAUCAGCAAAACUAUGAAAAGCUUGGAGAGGUACAGUAUAUAGUAUUAUAAAAUAACAUGUAUAUAACGCGUGCUCUGAUUGGUCGAAACCCGUGUUUGGAUCAGGCCAUCCAAACACGGAAGACUAUCGUGUUGUUGUUAUUUUAUAAAACAAUUACUUUAUGGUUUCCGUGUUAGGAUGGCCUGAUCCAAACACUUGGGAAUGUUGCUCGAGUUAAGAAAAGCGCGCAAAAUCACUCGCCUUCGGCUCGUGCUUCGCGCGCUUUUCUUAACUCUCGCAACAUUCCCGCGUGUUUGGAUCAGGCCAUCUAAACACGGAAACCAUAAAGUAAUUGUAUAUUGCACACUGCUGUUAUUAUUUACUGUGUCUAACUUCAGGGGGGAGUACUGACCCUAGUAUAACAAGGUGUUGUUAUCCACUUCCAUCUUCAAUAGACCUUUCCCCUUUUGAGUGAAAGUUUGAUCUAGACAAGUCUGGAAAGAGCAUCACAAAAUUAAUAAUAUUCCAAAGUUUCGUUGCAAAAUGUUGUAAAAUGCGGAUAAUAUAGCCUUGCGAAGUUUGCCGUUACGAAGUUUAUACAAAACUUUUAGUGCAGAUGAUCCUUGCAAGUGUAACUCUGUCCGUAGUCUAGCUGGACUCCCUGUCUUAAAUUUUGUAUUUUAAGGCAAAGCUAAUAAAUAAAAAUAAAAUAAAUAAAACAUACUUUAGCCCAUUGAGCGCCAGCAUUUUCCCUUGACGAGUAAAAUUGUCUGGCAUUAGCAGAGUAAAAUAACAAAGUAGGGUGCAAUGCAACUUAAUGGGUUGGUGUUCAAACUAUUCUAGGAAUAGUCUGAGUUAAUGCAUAACUAACUGGUCAGUGGUUUUCACAGAAACAUUUUCAUUGUGUAAAUUACACCUUAAUAUUUUACUCUGGUUGUCGACUUGUCGUAGGUAAUAACAGAAGACGUUUAUGAAUUAUUGCAAAGUGAGGAUGUUGGAUUAAAAAAGUUGGAGAUUCCACUGGACAAAGAAGAAUCUAGUUCACUUUUAGGCUGUGCAAAACAGGUAUGAAAUUAAUACCUUUCGGCCUGUUCUUCAGUAAUAUGGGUCAUUCCAGAAAACAUCCAUACCUAGCUCCCCCACAGAGGAAAGUGGAAGCUAAGCCCCCUACCUCUUUUGGAUGUCCUAAUGCACUUAUGAUUAUCAUUGAUAAUUGUACUGGACCAAUAAGAGAUGGCCAUUACUGGACCUCCAGAGAACAGUUGAGAACUGAUACAGCUAUCCAGUCUAAAGUUAGUUAAUUUCCCGAUUCUGUAUAUACAAAUUCUGCUUAUGUUUUCAAUCUUACUAAUAUGUACAUUUUAGAAGAAUAAGGACAGUGCCAAAGGAUUUAUUUUUGUGAGUGAAGAUUAUGAUAAGAAAGAAAAAUUGUUGGUCCUGGUCCAUGGCUCUGGCGUGGUGAGAGCUGGUCAGUGGGCCAGAAGGUCGGUCAUUUUUGUUUAUCAAGACAAAUUUUGAAUUUUUGUUAACUUUGAAAAACUUUGUAAAUGGUAAUAAUUAUGAUGAACAUGUUACAGAUUAAUAAUUAAUGAUUGUCUGGACCAUGGAACACAGAUUCCUUACAUCAAGAAGGCGAUACAGGUGAGAACAUUUACAAACAUUCACCUGUGAAGUUGCUGCCAUAAUUUGUGAAUGCAGCGUUUGUGUAAACAUAUAUGCAUUUGUUAAAUACUGUUAAAUUAUAAUUAUAAAAGUUAACCAUAUAACCAUGCAAAUGUUGCCAAAGUUACGAAAUGUUUUUUGUCCUAGGAGGGUUAUGGAGUAGUUGUCACGAACACAAAUCAGAAUGAAGCCGUACUUGUUAAUGCGAAAGGAAAGAAAACGUACAAGACAAUUAAGGUAAGGCAUGAUUUCUGAUGAAACUAACAAGUGGAAUUAAACACAGAGAGAUACAAUUACCUCAAAAAGAUUUUGAUGUUUCAAGCAAAGUGAAAAUACGGGAUAUUAGGAAAAAUUUUUUGGUGACUCGCCCCCAACCCCCGCUUGCCAACAAUUUUGGGGAGAAAUAUUAAUUGGCAACUAACUAACCAGCCCCCCCCCUCCCAAACAAGAUUAGGCCCGUACGCCCAUGUUUGUAACCAAACUUUGGUGACAGACACAUAAAAUGCUACUGUACAUGCUACCAUGCAACACUGCUGCACCCCAGAAUUGAAGGACAACCAUUUGUGACAACCACAAGACAUAAUAUGAACAAGCUUGUCUACUAGAUAUUGAAUUGUUAUUGUUGUAAAUCUAUUUAAUAUAUUUCUUCAGGAGAGUGAAUCACCCGAGAAACAUUUUUCCUACGUUUGGAAGAAUAUUAUUGAAAAGACACAAGCUUCGAAAAUUUUCGCCGUUGCACAUAGCUAUGGCGGUUAUCUUGUUGUCAAUUAUGUAAGUUAUUUUUCUUUUGUUUAAAGUGCCUCUAGACAAGUUUCACUUAAGCACUCUCCUGCAACAGAUGAUUUUGUAUUUGGAGGCAAAUGAAUAGAAUUAGCCUUUCUCACGAUGACGAAUAUCCGCCAUUUUUGGGUGGCAUCUAAAUCUCGUUAACCAAUGCAGACAAUUAAAACAAUGUGAAAAGCAAUUUUUCAAAACAAACUAACCUUUUACAAAGCAAAUUUACCAUCAUUCAUCCAAAAAAUUAUAAACAGUCGCUGUUAUGUGGACUUAUAUCUCGCAGACUUCGGCUGAAAUGCCACCCAAAAAUAGCGGCGUGAGAAAUGCUAAUUGAGUUUAAUUUUCUUGCGUUUGCAACAUUUCUUAAGUUGACUUUCCAUCUUCUUUGUUGUAUAAACGAUUAGUAAAAACCCAAGAAUUAACAUGGCGACGUUUUCUUUCAGUUCUCGCGCUUUCCAGAUAUCUUGAAGCGAGUGGUUGCAGUUGCAUUCACAGACUCCGUUCAUAGUUUGAAUUUUGAUUCGAAAGCUAAUGUGAGAAAAUGGUUUCUCAGUGUAAGUGGCUUUACUUCUAAUACUUGUUUCGUUGGUUUGAUUUCCAUAUUAGCAAUUAACCUCAUUGGAUACAAUCCUCAAUGCGUUCCUUACCGGUAAUGCUAACAUGUCUAACAUCAGUAAUCUUAUUUUCUUAAGAAUUCUGUGAACUGGGUUACCUCGUACGAAGAUCUGGACACACCGAUGUCACACCAAGAGGACAAGAAACAUAUAACGCGUGUUUCUGCAGGUGAUGCAUGCUUUUAUUGAAAUAUUUUUCCUCAUUAGCUCCAACAGUUCUAAAGCCCUGGGCAAACUAGGAAACAUUGUUGCGGAAACAUUGUUUCCUACCAAUGUUUCGCCAUGUUUCCCAGAGUGGGCAAACACUAGGAAACAUUAGAGAAGUUAAGAUACCCCGGUUUCGGUGUACGUGUACGAGUAGCAUGAUUUUGGUUAGCAAUGUUUUCGUCGAUGUACAAUCGAAAUACAGACAUGUAAAUCAUGAAUCAUGUAAAAUCGAAAUACAGACAUCAGUAAAACAAGAUGACAUUACUCGUACCCGUACACCGAAACCGGGGUAUCUUAACCUCGAUGUUUCCCUAUGAGAAACAUAGGGAAACAUCAAAUGUUUCUGAAUUUGGUAGGAAACAUUUUUGCUUCCGGGGAAGCAAAUUUUGUUUCCGCAACAAUGUUUCCACGGGUGGGCAAACAGGGAAACAUUUGAGGAAACAUCGAGAAUCACAAAUGUUUCCGCAACAAUGUUUCCUAGUUUGCCCUGGGCUUUACGACAAUCGGAUCCUAGAGCUCCACUAUUGGCUGUCCCUUAUGGUCCAGUGUUACUAUUGGAGUAGACAUGCAAAGAGAAUGUCCUGUUGUGUUGGUAGUUCAACCAAAAGCACUCUUCUCAUUUGAGGCUGAGAUGAUCUUAUAAUCGGACAACUGCAUAGUGCAGGAAUUGAACCGGUGAAAGAUGCAUGUCCUAACCUACUCUGUACCUUUAAUUUUUCCCCAGGGACCACAAAACAUGAAGAAACAUCGUGGAAAGCUAUGGAGUCUGUUUUUAAAUAUUUCCACAACAAGGAAGUUGACUCUAACAAACCAAGUGAUGAAACGAAGAAGAACGAUGGUAAGUCCGGGGGAAAACCUUCAAAGAAGGGGAAAAAGGAGAUAGAGUUGGCUGCUAAUUUUCAAAAUACUGACAAAAUAUCGAAGAAAUUAAACUGUGAGGAGAGCAAGAAAAGUGAUGUUGUUAUUACCAGUGAAAGCUUGAAAUUUGAGGGUAGCUCUGAACAAAGUAAAUGUGGUGUUGAAGUUACAAGCAAUGAAAGAGCAAAGAAAUGUAAGAAGGAGGAAGAAGAAGGAAAAUCAAGCAAUCAGGAACCUGGGGAUAGCUCUGAUGCGUCCAACCUUGAAGUUACAAGCGAUGAAAAGGCAAAGAAAAUUAAGGAAGAAGAAAAGUCCAAUCAGAAACCUGAGAAUAGCUCUGAUGCAUCCAACCCUGAAGUUACAAGCGAAGAAAGAGCACAGAAAAGUAAGGAAGAAGGAAAGUUAACCAAUCAGGAACCUGGGGGUAGCUCUGAUGCAUAUAACCUUGAAGUUACAAGCAAAGAAAAGGCAAAGAAAAUUAAGGAGGAAGAAAAAUCGACCAAUCAGAAACCUGGGGGUAGCUGUGAUGCGUCCAACCUUGAAGUUAGAAGUGAAGAAAAGGCAAAUAAAAUUGAAGAAGCAAGCAAGCUGAAAUCAGGGGAAAACUCUAAACAGGAUGGAAUGAAUGAUCAUAUGGAAAGUAAACAAGAACCAGCGAAUAAUACUGAAGAUACAAGCGAGAGGCGAGCAAAGGAAAUUAAAGAGCAAGAAAAAUCAAACUUUAACACGUCUGUGGUUAGCUCUGAACAGGAUAGAAUGAAUGCGGAUGUUGCAGAGAAUGUAGAAAGUACAGGCGAGAAGAUAGUCAAAGUCAAAGUCCUGGUAAAAGAUGCCAAGGACAUUCAUCACAGUAGAACUGAUGAUCAGAAGGAUGAUCAGCCAACAAAUCCAGACAAAGUUCAGCAAAUUACGAACGAGAAGGGUAUGCAAAGUACAAGAAAAGAAAAACCUAACUCAGAAGCUAACAAUGUUGAAGAGCUAAGCAACAAAGAAAAUGAUGCCUUACCUGACUCCCAUUCAAGUAAACCCGAAGAAAGCGUCAAAACAGAUGUCUCCCACACGUGCAAACAGCCAACCAUUGGCAGCUCAAAAGACGACAUUGAGAAGAAAUCAAACGGCGAAGAAGGGACUGCAAACAAGAAAGACGAUACCUCACCACCUCACGAAGCUGGCAGUAAAAGUGACCUGGCAACACAUGAUGCUGACAGGGAAAGUGAAAAUCAUUCCACAGACAAUGAUGACAUACAAGUAUCAGUUGUUUAGUUUGUUUAAAAAGUGUGGAAACAAACAGUGGCUAAUAGUCUUUCAAACUUUUUUAAUUUCAUCAUCUCAGGUAGAAACUUUUAAUGUAUCAUAUACAAUAUAGAACGUUAAAAUAAAUGUCACUUUCAUCAAGUAUAUUAAUUAAAUAGGCAACAAACCAAGCUGUGAAAAAGAGGUGAGUUACCUUUUUUAAUAGGGAAAACUUUAGAAGAAUGAAACUAGUUGCAAUGAAAAUAGCACAUUGGGUCCACAUUGAUCAAAGAGAUACCUCAAUUUAAGUUUUGUUUGCAGAAAUGUAGAAGAGUAGAAGUAAAUAAAUUAAAGAGUAUAGAGGAAUAAUAGAGUUCAGUUACUCCCAGUUGACGAUGUUAUGAUCAUGUAUAAACUGAGUAUCAGGCUCAAUCCUGGCGAAUGAAAACAUAAGGGCCUGAUACUCAGGUUAAUGAUCAUGUUGAUCUGAUGUUGUACAGAACUCACUGCUGAGUCAUGUUCUUUUAUAUGAAGUAUGCCCUAUGGUUACAAAUUGGUCUGAUGUUACAUGCAAAGUUAAAUUUCUCUUGUGUUCUCUCCCAGUUAACUGAGUUGUUCAAUGAAUAGAAAGUUCUUCUGGCAUGUAUGGUACUUUCUCAGCUCACAAAGACCAGUUAAUGCAAUCAAGUUAUUUCAAUAUUUCUUGACUCUCAAGUAACAGGUAUGCAAUAGAAAAGUAGCCUAUUAGGCUAUUACAAUAUGUAUCCUCCCCUGGAGGUUUGUGGAGAUUCCCUUUGGGGGCUGGUAGACCUACCUUAAAUUAAUAGUAUAGGUAACAUUACAAGUUAAGGUCAAAUCAUUUGAUAUGAAUUAAAUGCAUUAUUAGUUUGAAUAAACAAGGAAAAAAGUGUAUUCAAUUAUAUUUUUAUUUAUUCAUUUUGAAAAUUACAUUGAAACUGUAUUUUUUUAAUGACAAGCAAAACGUUGAAAAUGACCCAUUAAAAACAGGGGCUGAUUGUACAAAUGCUGGACUAGAUAGUGAUUUUGUCAACCUUUCUAAAAUUGGUCAUUGGUUAGUAUAACCUGUAUUAAACUAUAGUAUUUAUAAAAAAAGGUAGCACUAUUCAGCCCAGCCUUCGUACAGCAAGCCCUUUUAUGCAAUAUAAUGCAUCCAUGUUAUGGAUUGUACAUACACUAGUAUUAUAAUACAAUCAUUUUAUUCUAUUUUCAAAGUAUAGAACAAUUGUAAUUACGGCAUAUCCUAAAAUCAUCAUGAGCACUUUUAACAACUUGUGACAUUCUUUACUGUUCAGUUCGUGAAAGAAUAUCUCGAAAAACGUCACAUACAGAAAUGUUCCUGUUGCGAUUGCUUGGAAUACCGCUGAAAAUAUCCGACCCAAGUACGUGGAAGCGUAGGCCAACAUGAGAAUUCCUAUACCAAACCCAACAGGACUCAUCGCCGAGAAUAGAAAUGACGACCAUGCGACCGUCAUUGCUGGGAAGCUAUGCUGAACGAGAUUGAUACCAAUUGAAAAUCCAAGGAUACAUUUAUGGAUAAUCAGAGCACCCAAUACUUGUAUCAUGCUAUCAAUAUUUUGGAAAAGCCCAACCGCAAGUCCUUCGAAUAGGGCGUGGACCGAUAACGCAAUUAGGAGAAGGUAGGACCGUAGGUAGUGACGCUGGUUGUGGUGUUUCUUGCUGAUGUCUGCAAAUAUACUGUGUUCAUGUUCAUGGUCUUCGUUACUAUCAUUGGCUAAGUCAUCUUCAACAUUUUGUAUAUUGCGGUGCUCAGCAUGGCGAACUGGAUGGCCGUUGUCAAGGGCAUUUGCUGGUGGGGGACAAUCACCUUUUUCAUCGUUAUCGCUUUCCCCGCUGUCCGACGAAUCGUGGCUGUCAUCAGACUGCACCCCGUAGCUAGGCGAGUGUCGAUGUUGCAGCAAAGGGGAUGAAUCCUUACGAUCAUGGCUGUGCCCAUGAUUAUGUCCAUGACUAUGCCCAUGUCCAUGUAAUUGUCUUUCUUUAACAACAUGGACAAUUUGCUCGACCAACAAAAUGAAAAAAAAUCCAAUAGAAACCCCGAAUUGUGCAAUAGGGAAAUUACUUAUGGUAGCACUAUCAAAUACCGCCUUGAAAUCUUUUUCAACGGCUGGUAACAAUUCCAACAUACUAGAAGCGAAAAACGCACCACCGGCAAAGCAUGUGCCCAGGCUGAUCAACUGUUUGCGUCGUAGGUCUUGACGAGCUGCGAGAUUUUCGUCGCUUUGUUCCCGUUUUCGACGUAGCUUUAAAGGCAGUAAUCCUGAGAUGAAAGUCACGAUAAAUAAGGCGGUCAGCGAAAUGAUUUUCGCUGCUAACGCCAUAAUGCCCAAUGUUGUCUAUGUCGAAAUUGACAAAUACUUCGACUCGUAUUUCACAGACAAAUAAUUAGCUCCUCAGCUGUCAAUCGUGUCCGUUUUAUUACGCUUGACCUCCUAUUGAUUUGUAUCCUUAGGUCUUGUGACCAGUGAAUGGUGACCGUGGCCGACUCUCAAAUUACAUCAUAAGUCAACCAAAACGUUUUCUCUUUUCACUUUACAGUUGACAAACAUUUCAAGUAAACCGUCUCUCGUAUAAAAGGAAGCGAACGUUUAGUCCAAUUUGGCAAAUUUAUUCGCAUAUGGUACCCACGGAUCAGUGACUUUGUUACUCGUUAAUAGGGGAAAAAAUAGAUCAAAUAUCAAUAUGGUUAAAUCAAUGAUAAUAUCUACUGUAUGCAAAGUGAAACAAUGCAUGAGCAUGAAACCAUGAAACUAUUGAAGUGUCUUUGUGUAUCGG